AUGAAGAGGAGAGAUAUCAAGUAUUCUGUGGGUGAUCAUGUUUUUCUUAAGGUAUCUUCAUUGAAGAAGGUCCUUCAGUUUGGAUGUAAGGAUAAGCAGAGCCUUAAGUUCAUUGAGCCUUAUCAGAUUCUGAAACGUGGGGGACCGAUUGCCUAUCAGUUAGAGCUACCUUCGGAGUUGGAUCAUAUUUAUUAUGUAUUUCAAGUCUUUAUAUUGAGACGAUAUCUGUCUGACCCAUCUCAUAUUGUAUCUCUCGAGGAGAUUGAAGUUAGAUCAGAUUUGAACUUCGAUGAGGAGCCAAUUCAAAUUCUGGAGCGAGAUGUUAAUGUAUUAAGAAGAAAGACUAUCCCUUUGUUACGGUUCUGUGGCAGAAUCAUGACACUGAGGAAGCCAUUUGGGAACUUGAGGACUCGAUUUGACAAUAAUAUCUGUAUUUAUUGA